AUAUACUAAGUUCUCCUUUUGCCCGUUCUGCUUCUACGUAUAUAUAGGUAUAUACGCGAUCGAGCUCUUUCGUCCCUAAUUCUUCUCGGAUACCAAUUCGCUACGCGAUCGAGUUCCUCCAAUCGAUCCAUGGCGGAGAAGCACUUCAAAUACGUGAUCCUCGGCGGCGGCGUUGCAGCGGGAUAUGCAGCUAGGGAGUUUGUGAAGCUUGGCCUCAACCCAGGAGAGCUAGCAAUCAUUUCCAAAGAGUCGGUGGCUCCUUAUGAACGGCCAGCGCUCAGCAAAGGCUACCUUUUCCCUCAAGGUGCUGCAAGAUUACCAGGGUUUCAUGUCUGUGUUGGCAGUGGCGGAGAAAGACUGCUUCCAGAAUGGUAUGCUGAGAAAGGCAUUGAGCUUAUACUUGGUACGGAAAUUGUAAAAGCUGAUCUAGCAUCCAAGACUCUUACAAGUGCAGCUGAUGUGAUCAUUAAGUACGAUAUUUUGAUCAUUGCUACUGGCUCCACAGUUAUAAGACUUUCAGACUUUGGCGUCCAAGGUGCAGAUGCAAAUAACAUAUUUUACUUGCGGGAGAUUGAUGAUGCUGAUAAACUUGUUGCUGCAAUUCAUGCAAAGAAAGAUGGAAAGGCUGUAAUUGUUGGAGGAGGGUACAUUGGUCUUGAGCUUGGUGCAGCACUCAAAAUCAAUAAUUUAGAUGUCACCAUGGUGUACCCUGAGCCUUGGUGCAUGCCACGUCUAUUUACUGCAGGAAUUGCUGCUUUUUAUGAGGGUUAUUAUGCAAAUAAAGGGAUCAAAAUAAUCAAAGGGACUGUAGCAGUUGGAUUUGAUUCUGAUGCAAAUGGAGAUGUAACCGCUGUAAGGUUGAAGGAUGGAAGAGUCUUGGAGGCUGAUAUUGUUGUUGUCGGUGUUGGUGGCAGACCACUUAUUACACUAUUUAAAGGUCAGGUAGAAGAGGAAAAAGGUGGAAUUAAGACUGAUGGUUUCUUCAAGACAAGCAUUCCUGAUGUCUAUGCUGUGGGAGAUGUCGCUACAUUCCCUUUAAAGCUCUACAACGAACAAAGGAGAGUCGAACAUGUCGAUCAUGCAAGAAAAUCUGCUGAGCAAGCUGUCAAGGCAAUCAAGGCGGUAGAAGAAGGCGAAUCGAUAGAGGAAUACGACUACCUUCCCUACUUCUACUCACGCUCAUUUGACUUGUCAUGGCAAUUCUAUGGAGACAAUGUCGGGGACACAAUCCUCUUUGGAGACAAUGAUCCUACCUCUGCAAAACCAAAGUUUGGUACUUACUGGAUCAAGGAGGGGAAGGUGGUAGGCGUGUUCCUCGAAUCUGGAUCUCUUGAGGAGAACAAAUUGAUAGCCAAGGUAGCUAAGCUCCAGCCACCAGUGCAGGACCCUGAACAGCUGGAGAAGGAAGGUCUUGCAUUUGCCAGUAAAAUCUAAUUAUCAAGCUCAAAGAUGUGUAAAUUUUCUGGUAUGGCUCGUUAUGCUUCUGUGUCUAUCUCUGUUUUGUUCAUGUACGAUGGACUUUGAUAUCUAUUUCAGCACAUGUGUGAUAAUAAAGCUUGAUGAUUCCAAGA